AUGUUCUCUAUUUUUUCUGCCUUUUUGUUGGCAUUUGCUACUGCUGCACCCGUCCAUCCCGUUGAGCUGCUCGCCUGGAGCCCUACUAUCCUCUGUCCCACUCAGUUCACAAUUUGGCCCCGUGGUUCCACGCAGACCGUGACCUGGGAGACUGAUAACAUCCCUGAGGAGAAGCUGAAUUCUACUGGUCUCCUGUUGUUGGGAUAUAUGGCAAACAAUUCGGAGAACCUGGACAUCAAGCAUCCCCUUGCUGUGAAUUUCCCCAUCAUUAACGGUGAAGUUACAGUCACUGUUCCUGAGAAUGCCACGGUUCGCGGCAAUGCUAUCGUUGUCUUGUUCGGUGACUCCGGAAAUGCUUCCCCAGAGUUUGCCAUCGUCUAA